UGUUCUCCAUGUCUUGUUCUCUCCGCCCAUCCAAAUAUAUACUGCGUUUUUCUGUAACAAAUUAAAGCACCAAAGGGUCGACAGGUUUCUGUUGUUUGGAUCUCCUAAUAAACUGCCAUGGGAGAAGUCGAAGAAAGAUUGUUGGAUAUCACAAGUGAUGAAUCAGAGGGAAUCCAAGAUGCAAAACCCAAAUAUAAUAAAUCACUUGAUUAUUCUUACUUGAUGCGUUUCAAAUGGUGGAUUGAAUUAAGUUUGUACACAUUUCUUAGCCUAGGAGGCCAAGCUGGCGCUACCCUAUUGGGAAAAGUGUAUUAUGAUGAAGGUGGUAGCAGUAAAUGGCUUGUUGCCACUCUCCAAACCGCUGGCUUCCCUUUCCUCAUCCCUUUUCUCCUCCUUUUUCCAUCAACCAAAACCCCCAAAAACAAUAACACUUCUCUCCCACUUCUUGCUUCUGUGUAUACUUUUCUUGGCGUUUUGUUAGCAGCUGGUGGGGUGUUUUAUUCAGUGGCCAUAGAAUACCUCUCUGCAUCUACUUUCUCUCUUCUCAUCUCUACCCAGUUGGCCUUCACGGCCAUUUUAGCUCCGUUUAUCAAUGCCCAGAGGUUCACGCCUUAUAUACUCAACUCCGUCGUGCUUCUCGCCUUUUCCCCACUCCUUCUCGUGCUCGAGAAUGAUUCCGGCGGGUCUCCGGCGCCGGCGCCGGCCGCCGGCGAUGGGUUCAUGUUGGGGGCUCUGUUUACUGUCGCCGCCGGGGCUUCUUUCGCGUUGCUGUUCUCGUUAACGGAGCUCUCGUACGAGAAGAUUGGGGGAGCCGGUGAGGCCAUGAAGGAGACGUUGAAGAUGACACUUUGGCAGUGCGUGGUGGCGACGGCGGUGACGGCGGCGGGGCUGUUGUGGAGCGGGGAGUGGAGGGGUUUGAGGGCGGAGAUGGAGGGGUAUAAGCAAGGGGUAUUUUCGUACUUUUUGAACGUCGUGGGAACGGCGGUUUCGUGUCAGGCGUUCUACGUCGGCUCCAUUGCCUUGACUUUUAAGGUAUCGUCGUUGUUCUCCAACGUUGUUAUCAGGUUAGCCACGCCGGUGAUUCCAUUUUUGUCGGUGGUUUUCUUGGGGGAAGAGAUGAAUGGGUUGAAGGUGACGGCGUUGAUGUUGUCUCUUUGGGGGUUCGCGUCGUAUAUUUAUCAGCAGUAUCUUGAUGAGUUGAAGGCUGAUGAAAAUCAGUCCAUUCAAGACCUCAAAUUCAGUGUCUAGCUUAUAAUAGUAAUGAUAAUGUAUUAAAGAAAAAAUUAAAAAGGGCUAUAUAUAUAUAUAUAUAUAUAUAUAUCUUGUUGCUUGUGAUCA